CAGUGUGGCGCAAGUUCACUACGCUCAAAGAGAGCCAGGAUUCAUGGAGAGCUUGGCUUCAAUAUACAAGGGACUUAACUCUCCAGUUGAGGUUUCAUUGGAAUACUUCCGAUUUCAACACAGUUUGGUACGGGACGAAAAAGAAAAUAGUAACUGAAGAUGUCGGGCUUUGGUGAGAAAGAAGAGGAGGAUAUUUCAUCUCUCAUCUGCAGCCUAAAUGAGUACCUGGAGGUGGAUCGCCGGAUGUCCGAGAUGAAGAUGUAUGCACAUCAGCACCCAGUGAUGACCCUGUUCUGGGUGGUCACACUGGCCAUGUGCUGUGUACCGGUCAUCUGCUUCUGUACAUUUGUCUGUGCCAGCAUCUUCUUGGCUAUCGCUGGAUUUGUCCUCAUUGAAGGUACUGUGGUAACCAUAGCAACAGUACUCCUGGGCGGUGCAUUGUUGGGGUGCUGCCUGCUGGCGCUGGGGUUCAGCUCAAGCCUAGUGGUGGGCUUCUAUGCCAUUCAAUAUAGCCUGGACAUGGUCAAGGGACUGACCAACAAGAUGCAGAAGCCAAAGUCAGGCCCGGCAGUCAUGCAGCACAGUCCCCAUGCUGAGACUCCCCAGAGACGUGUGGAGCCCUUUGUCUCUCUCAAGAGAUGAGUGAGAACAAGAACAGUAGCUUGUACCAAGCAUCGAACGCAAAACAAUUAAGAAAGGAACAGCAGAAUGCAUACAUAAACAUAUAUGAAUAGCUUGUGACUUUGGAUAUAUUUCAUGUGUUGCUAUGUUUGAUUAUUUACAUGAAUGAACCUUUGCUGAUGACAAAGAUAAUUAUGUUUGUGCUUAUCAAGCGGCUGUAAAAAUCAUGUGUGAUAUACUUAAAUAACUUUCACAACAAAUAUUCCAGGUGCCUCUACUUGAGUAUGUUCAGUCCUAGAGUACAUGCUGUAUGGAGAAAUGGGUGUGAUCAGUGUUGUGGUGUGCUGCCCUGGUAUUAUGCCUGUCAUAGAGGGACAUGGAGGUGAAGUGAUCUGGCUCAAGUGGAGAUUUCUGUCCCAUUGAUAUUCUGGGAUCUACAAAUCAAGAGUUUGAAUCUCAUUUGCCAAGAUUGUGGUUGUUGGUCAGUCAUCAGCAUGCCUGUGGUUGUUGGUCAGUCAACAGCAUGCCUGUGCUUGUGGAUGUCAAUGGUAAAUGUCCUUGACCUCUAUCACUUUUCUCCCAUAUUAAGUCACACUAAGUGGGGAUGUUGGCAGCUAAGAUUUUUUUCAAAGCUCACAGACUCCAGUAAAAGAGGACCUCAUAUUAUUAUGUAUGUCCCCUGAACUGACCAUUCACUGAUUCCAUCUGAGAUCUUGUAAUGGAAAGGACAGCAUCAUCCAGGCUGUGUAGAGCUGGGAGUACAUGACAGCAAGCAUUCUAGCAUUCUGGGAAAGCCACAGGUGAAGGAAGGAAACUGAUCCUUAAAUCUUUAGCCUGGUCUCAUACUUAAGUCUUUCAGUGAAGACUUUUUUCAGUUUUUGCAGGAAAACAUUUAUUUCACAAGAUGUGGCUUUCAUUUUAACUUUUGUAUUAUCAUGUAAUCAUUUUCAUUAUAAUCACUAUUAUGCAUAAUCUAGUCAUUGAUUUAGUGAUUCACUUUGUGCAUCUAUGAUCAAGAUAGUCUCUGUAUGAUCUGCAUUAUUAGCUGUCAGUGUACACUGUGUAUAUUACAUGCUGCACUGGUUGGUUUAAAUGUGUUCACCCAUUCCUGUGCCGCACCUAUAGUCAACAUCAUCAGUGGCUAACAUGGAGAACACCAUGGCUUAUCUGAGAGUUUGGCCUGUAAGUCUGUUGCUUCAAAAACAUACCAUGUGAAAGUUGUUAUUCAAGUUUGUUUGUCCUUAUGUAUGUGAACAAAUUGAUACUCUGUGGGCCUUUGGUAUUGAAGGCAACAGUUUUCUGUGUUGUGUCCCUUUAGGAUGUAAGAUUCUGCAUUCCACCUUUAACUAUUUGUUUGAGAGGCAUGGUGAUGGUUUUCAUACUUCGCUUUUCUCUGUUCAUGUAUUUUCUUGCAAAGAACCGAACACAUUCAUCCUUGAUCAUCCAAGGUACUGUGUCCCUAAUGUAUUAUGAUAAAUACCAUGGAACCAUUCACAUCAAUAGCUUUGUAUCUGAAGUGACAUCACAUCUCUUAGCCGGUUUAACGGAGAAUAUUUUUUUUUAUCACUUGUCUAUUUUUGGCACAUUAAAAUUAGGCUCCAAUCGAGCCUGAUCAGGUUUUAACCCAACAUUUAGCAAUAUUCCAGCAUUAUCCCAGUUGGGGACACUAGAAAUGGGCUUCUCACUUUGUUACCACUAGGCUAGCCCACCGUCCCAUCUCCAGAUGAAGCUAAAGAAGUGAAUGGGUUUACAAUGAUCGAUAGGACAUAUAUUUGAUAGUCGAAAAUGAAAAAUAUUGUGUUCAUAUCACUGCUCAAAAUCAUUUUUACUAUUGUUGCAAAAUGUUGAUAUUUUUUCUUCAUUUCACAACUCAGAUUUGUGUUCAUAAGAUAAAAUUUCAUACGUAUCAAUGAUUUCUUAUAUGUCAGACAUGAAGGAACUUGCUACCACUUUCGUUGUUUCUUUCAUCUUGGUAGAGACAUUCAUGCCGUCAGGGUGAUGACACUCCUACUUCAUCAGGUACACAGUUACCACUAUGGAACUAAUCAUUUUUCAGGUAAUUCACAGGUUUGGUGUUUCAUCUUUCACCAUGGUUAUUGGGGAAUAUUCACACAGUGGUAUAUAACCUUGAGAUAUGUACAAAGCUCAUUAUUUCCCUAUUAUAAGCUACAGCUGUACAGUUUGGACAUCUCAUAUGUUUAUCAGCAAUUUUAAGAUUAACUGAUAAUUACAAGAGUAAUUCUUCCUGUGUGAAGUGUACAUGCCAACAUGCUACAAUCUAGCUUGUACAGGUAGUUGAGGUGCACAAUGUUACUGCGAUUCAAGUUACCAUGGUUACCAGGUGACAUACUGGUAGGUAUUCUAAUAACAUACCCUUGGACCUAAACAUUCAGAAAAUAGAGAAAUUUAGGAAUAUUAUGGUCCAUGGAGAAGUUGAUGAUCUGAAAGUACAUACAAGCAGACAGGGCUACCAGAGACGUCAGCAUCUUGUCCUGAAGCAUAGUCAGAAGAGUUGUCAUCGUCACAACUAUUUGUAACAGAAAGAAGUGAAUAUUUUAAAAAACAAGGGAACCCACUAAAUUUGUUUCGAAGCUGUUUCGUUUGAUAUUUUUGUUAUCUUGUGGGUAAAACCUUGACAAACAGGAAACCGGUUUAUUCCAUGCAGCUCUUAAAUAAUUGCAAGAGAUUUUACCAAUGUAUCCACCCGCUUCAUCCAGUAUCAGUUGUUUUGUUGUAUUCUUGUUGAAGUGACCAUGUUGAUGUAUCCAGUGUUUCUCAUGAUUGUUGGUAUGGAUAUAUAUUUUGUUAUGAUCUUAUCUGACAAUAAACAAUCAAAUAAUU